CGCAUGGAAGAGAAACAACCAAGAGCGGAAAGAUAUUUUCUCGUUUUGGAUGGAUGACCCCGUCUUCGUCCGUGCAAGAGAAAGGACUAGAGAAUGUCACAGUGGCGGAGAUACUAAUGGCAAAGGGAGGAGAAAGCACUGGGCCUUGGCUCUGGUGCAAUUCCAACGACGCAGUUAGUGAUGCUGCAAAAAACAUGGCUAAAAACAACAUCGGAUCAUUAGUGGUACUAAAGCCAGGACAACCACUCCAUGUUGCUGGAAUUAUCACAGAAAGAGACUACCUGAGAAAAAUAGUCUUAGCAGGAAGAUCUCCUGUUCUAACUAGAGUGUCAGAAAUAAUGACCGACGAGAAGAACUUAAUAACAGUAUCAUCUGACACAAACAUUCUUCAAGCAAUGCAGUUAAUGACAG